UUCUCCGCAGGCGGGCACGCGCAAGGAAGCGCGCCUGCCGGGGUGUGGCAAGGCGGAGGCGGGACCUGGCGCGCGCUGCCGCAGUGCGACUGCGCACAGUCUAAUCCGCGGAGGGGAGAGAAUUGCGCAUGCGCGCCUGUCUCCCGGGACUCUAGAGCAGGCGAUACCCUGGCUCCUCCGAAUUCGCCAUAUACUCCUUAAGGGCCGCGGAAUCGGAGCAACCUUGUUGACUGAUUGAUUGGCAAACUCUCGGCAGAUGUGCGUGCACUGGUUGGAUGCAGUGGUUGUAGGCGAUUUAAUUUUUCCCAGCUUUGCAGCGACUGUUGGCCCUGUUAGCUUCCCAGAACGGAUCUCCCCAGCCUCAACUGCAAGCUGAGGGACAAAAAUUCAUAAAAGCAAUUACUCUUUCCCGGCGAGGCUUCUAGAAGGGCAAGAACAGCGAUAUAAUUACACCUGCAGGCCUAUAAAGAUUGAUCUGUCCGUUUUUCCCUUACAGUCGUGGCCUGUUAACGUUCCUGUGUUUUUCAGUGCCAGAAUGAGUGACCGCUAUUUAGAACAAAGGAUCAGUAUCAAAUUUUGCGUGAAAUUGAACAAGUCUGCAAGUGAGACCCACCAUCUUUUAAAAGAAGCUUAUGGGGAAGAAGUCAUGUCAAGGGCCAGAGUUUUUGACUGGCACAAAAGGUUUAAAGAAGGACGGGAAGAUGUUCGAGAUGAUGCCAGAAGUGGGCGUCCGGUCACCCACCGAACAGAUGACAAUAUCCAGAAGGUCAAGGACUUGGUUUGUUCAAACAGGCAGUUAACCGUGAGGAUGAUGGCCGAAGAGUUAAAUUUAGACAAAGAAACUGUUAGGCUCAUUUUGAAAGAAAACUUGAACAUGAGGAAGGUUUCUGCAAAAGUUAUUUCGGGUGUUUUGAAGGGUGAGCCUAAACCACGAAAACUUGACUUUCAGUCCAAUCUUUCAAAGGAAAGUAGGAAAAAAAGCUCAUGUUUAAGGAAAAAGGUAACAGGUUCUGAAACAUGGAGUUAUCUCCAGGGUGAGGCUGAUGGGGAAAUGCCCCUGUCCGUAUCCCAUCCCAGAGUCCACUACCCUACCAGCCAGCUUCUGCAGGCAUCAUCUUCAACAAGCCUUCCCCCCAGGGUAGCUGAGGAUUGGUUCACCCCAUGGUGAGAGGAAUGUGAGUUAGCUGAACCAGAACUAGGGUGCUGCCUCACUGUUAGGCACCACCUUUGGCUGCUCACCUAUUUUUCAGUCUUCACUACUCCUCCCUAUGUACCAUGGCCCUCCUCAUUACUCUUUGCUGGACUAUUGGACCAUUUUCCUUGCUGUUCUUCAUAACUGAAAAACUUCUGGCUGUUCCCUUCUGGUAUUUGCUUGUUCUUGAUUUCUUUUGCUCAACAAGGUUGGAUUUCUUCUCUGCCCAGACCUUAGCUUGUUGUGGCUGUCCUGUUCCUUUGUUCUUAACAUUCUGCCUCAGAGGAUCAUGCCAGUGAGAAGAGAGGAACAGGAGCUCCUGGAAUCUGUAUCUCUGUGCCCAGGGAGGCAUGCUCUUCUGGGAGGACCCCAAAAGAAGGCUUACAGUUUCAGCCUGCUUCGCAGUCAGGGCCUGAGGUAUGGUGCAUAAUGCAGUGGCAUGCUGGUGUUACUGAACAGUGCUGGGCCUAGGGGCUGAUCUGGUCCGGAUGACUCAGUGGGCGCCCCUUAGGAAUCAGGGGUUGGCCACCAAUACUGAUCUUCUCACAGGCCUGCGUCUCACAGAAGAGCUGGGUUUGUUUCAUUCUAGUCCUAUGCUUUGGAUCUCCACUCAUUUGGGUAUCUCCUCUGUUGGAAGAUGAGUAUCUGGUGCUAGAAAAUAUAAACCCAGGGACCCAGCCCUAGGCUGUGAUGUGUGGGGAGGAAGACCAGGUGGCUCUCUAGUCCCUGAAUUAAGAGAAUCUGCUGCCUACGUGUGGAUUCCCACACAGCAGCCUGUUUUUAGUAACUAAUGCCUAUAGUUUUGAGAACUUGCUGUUUUUAGAACACUGCUGGGCAUUGACAAUGUGAAAGUUAUGAACAAGAUCUCCAAGGGCUAAUGAGCUUCAUGGAUGAGAUGGUUCUUGAACUGGAUCCAUGAGGAUGGGUGAGACGGGGCUGUGACAUUACGGAAAGCUUCCAGGGCAGGUGGAACAGCAUGAGGCUUCCAACCUGCAUCGGUAGAAAAUGACACUGGCCAGACGCAGUGAAUCACUCCUGUAAUCCCAGCACUUUGGGAGGCUGAGGCAGGCAGAUCACGAGGUCAAGAGAUUGAGACCAUCCUGGCCAACAUGGUGAAACCCCGUCUCUACUAAAAAUAUAAAAAUUAGCUGGGCGUGGUGGUGCGUGCCUGUAGUCCCACCUACUCAGGAGGCCGAGGCAGGAGAAUCGCUUGAACCCGGAAGGCAGAGGUUGCAGUGAGCCAAGAUUGUGCCACUGCACUCCAACCUGGUGACAUAGCUAGACUCUGUCUCAAAAAAAAAAAAAAAAAGGAAAAAUGAUGACACUAUUGGCUAAAAUAACAAAGUUCAAAGAGGAAGAUAAUGGUGUUGCAGCGGAUGAACAAUUUGGGAUAAUUUGCUUCCUCUCCUAUGCCUCCAACUCUAUGCCAGUUGUUAUUAAAUUGCUUCCCCUGAGUCUGUGAA